GAGACAACUCACAAAUGUGGAAAUUCUGGAGAUUUUUUAAAAUUCUGACAAUGAGUCUGAGUAUGAAAGUCAGGAAUCAGAUUCUGACAGUGACAGUGAGGAGCUGCCCCUCAACCUUGUCGCCAUUGAGAACCCUGAAUCUGAAUUUCCCUUGUCAACUGAGGAAGUACCAGGUCCCUUUGAAGAUGCUGGUGGUGAUUGAGGUAGACCGACAGUGGAUGAAGUACAGGAGUUCUGUGGUACCUGGAAGGCCACCAGUCAUUUCACCCCACCUGGCCCUGCUGUCUGCUUUGACGAGUCCCAGUCUGGAGUGCAACGCCCCUUGCCAUUUCCAACUGAGGCAGAGUGCUUCAAGUUGUUUCUCACAGAGGAGCUGGUGGGAGAGAUAGUUUAGGAGACCAAUCGCUAUGCCUUAGACCUACAGGAGAAGAGAGAGCCAGGAGUGAGGGGGAAAUGGGUGACAACCACAAUUAGUGCAAUGUAUACCUUCCUGGUGACAGUCCUUCUCAUGGGAAUAGUAAAGAAGAACUCCCUAAGAGAAUACUGGAGCACAGAUCCUAUGUUUGCAACUCCCUUCUUUGCCUCCCUCUUUUCCCAAGAUCGCUUCCUAGUUCUGCUGCGAUGCCUGCAUUUUGUCAACAAUGCUACUGCCAUCCUAAGUGACCUGUUAUACAAAAUAAGAAAUGUUCUUAUCAGCCUGACAUCAGCAUUUGGUCGGGUCUUUGUGCCAUACAAGGACGUAUGCAUUGAUGAAUCCCUGAUGUUAUGGAAAGGUAGGCUGGCGUUCCGUCAAUAUAUUCCCUCCAAAAUGCACAGGUUUGGAGUCAAGUUCUUUGUCAUGUGCGAUGUGAAGACAGGAUUUGUCCAGGAUAUUAUAGUUUACACAGGGUCCACCACUGACAUCAAACAUUAUGAGGGGCUUGGGGUGUUAGGGUCUGUGGUGAUGACCAUGCUGGCUUCUCAUCUCGGCAAGGGACACACUUUGUACGUGGACAAUUGGUACAGCAGUCCCACACUCUUCCAGCAUCUGCUCUCCAACAGCACAGGGGCCUGUGGCACAGUCAGGUCGAACCGGAAGGGGAUGCCGGCAUUCGGAUGCAGGAAGAUGCAGAGAGGGGAGGUGGAGUUCCAGGAGAACGGGAAGGUGGACCACCUGACCGGAGAGAGAAAGAUCAAACCAGAUUGUGUGCUUGAUUAUAACCUCAAAAUGGGGGCCGUGGAUAAGGCAGACAUGAUAAACAGCUUUGUGGAAUGCACACGGAAAACGAACAAGUGGUAUAAGAAGAUAUUUUUCCAUCUGAUCGACACUGCUGUCCUCAACGGCAGCAUAGUUCACCGCCAACUAACAGGUAAAGUAAUUACCUACCAAAAAUACAGAGAGAACCUCAUGAGAGAGCUGCUGGAGGAGCACCACACCCCUCUGCGCCCAUCCACUGGGGGUCGUCCUGCUGUAGACAAUCCCCUACGCCUCACUGCAUGA